UCGACGUUUUGUCAUCACUCAGUUUCAUUUUGCGUCGUUUAUUUGCUGCUGCACAGUUUUCGUGUUUUUGUUUUCCUCGUUGUUUUCAGUCCUCGAUAGAUGAUCCGCUGCACAUAUUUCCAAUUUAGUUAAGCUAACAAGCUGGCAAAUCGAAAAGUCAUAUUGUUUUGCUGCCAUAAACUGCGAAAACCCCCGCACCCAGAACACACAAUUCUCAAGGAUAUUUGACGAGGGUCUAGGACAACAGCAACAACAACAACGAAGAGUCACAGAUACAGGCACAGAUACAUUAUAGAGUAACAGAUAAAGAUACAACAAAAUGUCUGUCGCUGGAUUAAGACAGAGCCUUCUGCUCUGGAGUGUUGACUACUGGAAUUUGGAAGCAGUCAUGGCGGACAAUGUAUUCAAGUCGCACGAUAUCGGAUUACGCGCUCAAAAGAAAAUACUCUCACGCAUGGCAACGAAAAACAUAGCGAAAACCUUUAUUGACGGCACAACGGCUUCGCUGCUGGAUAAUUUGUACAAGCUCUGUAAGAUGCAUACUGGCAACAAGGCGCGCGCUGAGAAACUCAUCAAAAACAUCAUCAAAAUUGUCAUUAAAAUCGGAGUGCUGCACCGCAACAAUCAGUUUAGUCCCGAGGAAUUGCAAAAUGCGGAAAUCUUUAAGCGCAAGUUUCAGAACACGCAAUUGUCCAUCAUAUCAUUCUAUGAAGUGGACUUUACCUUUGAUUUGGCAUAUCUGCAGAAGUCCAUACAGGACUCGCAUGUGGCACUCAGAUCCAUUGUGCAGCCACAUUUAACGGAUAAAUCGCUGGGCCGCAUCGAUGAGGUGUUUGAUUUCUUUGGCGACGCUGCGCUGUUGGAAACGGCCUUUAAACCAGAUUCACCAUAUCGUGAGGUUAUGGGCAAGAUUGUGGCGGAUAUUAACUCGGCCAUGGAAACGGGCGACAUAUGAGCAAAGAAAAUGGCACGCAGUACAAGCUAAUGGAAUGAUGAGGGGCUAUUAUCAAACCAAAAACAAACAGGAUAUCCUACACACAACAUGAGAUACUAACAUCUAGUUGAGAGCAACAAAUGCUUUGCCUACCAAAUGGUGUGGAAAACAACAAAAGAACAACAACACUCUUUAGACAACAAUGAUUAUUUUUAAUUGAAUUGGUGAUAUCACUCUAUAUUAACAUUUAUUAAGUAGGAGUCGAGAAAACACACGUCCAAAUUGAUUUAUUUUUUAAGACAAUGUUAACACUUUGCGUAAUUGAAAAUCGUUAACAUUUUUGUGUCGUUUAGGUUUAAGUAAAAUGCAUUUCGCCAAAGGAAUUCACAAAAGCAAAAACCCACAAUGUAUAAUGUCCAAAAAGCAAAAGGCAAAUUGCUUUUUUAUCAAUGUGCAUGUCGUCGUUGAUUGUAUUUGUAUUUGUAAUUGUAAUUGUACUCAAACUAUAUUAAGUGUCUAAAAAAAAAGUCUGUCUAAAUAUUGUCUGUGCAUUUGCACAAUGCACAAUUGAAUGUUUGAUACUUUUGUCUGUUUUGAUACUCCGAAACUCGCUCUCCAAAUGCAAUUACUAUUAUAUACUCGCUCUUGACAUAAAGGAACCUAUAAAAUAUAUAAGUAUAUAUACGCUUUCACUUCGUAUAUAUUCAUGUACUUAAUUCUCCAAUUAUGCUGAUCUCCUUAAGAGUUAUCCUAUUAUUUCAAUUGCGUGCUACAAAAAUGCAAACAAAUUGCACGCACUUUAAUUUUGCAAAAUUGAUAAAAUUGUUGGUUAAUCGUUUAACACACACAAUCUUGAGAGUUUAUGUUUUGUAUUAAGUUCAAUAACCGUUUAGAAAACCAGUUUUAUUGUAUGUAUGUAUUCCAAGCCUCUUAGUCAAACAAAAGCCAUGAGGGUCAAUAACCUUAAGCAUUAUUUAUGAUAUUCCAUUAUUGUUUUCUAACCGAUAUUCAUCAUGUACCCUGAACAUAUCAAAAAAUUGAUACGACACAACAUUCAAAACGAUGUGCAACCAGAUAUAUCAUUAUUCUGAACGGGACAAUAAAACUGUUCAAUUGAAUAAGCGUGUGGCACAUACAUAAAUAAGAAUUUUCGAUAUUACAACAAUUUGUGGGAUUCAAGUUAUAGCUGUUUAGGUUUUUAAAACAUGUAUUUAUUAUUGUUUAGAAAACAAAUUUAUGUUGACUUUCUUAUAAUACAAAAAA